CAAUACCCAGAAAAAACUACCUCUUGUGGUCAUAAGGUUAAUCCAAUUUUAUCAUCUCUGAGACAAAAAAAAAAAAAAAACUCAGAGAAGAAAAUGGAUUCACCAUCAUCAGGUACAAGUGAAUCAACUCAUUGGUUAACAACAUCACGUUCUUCGUUUGUUGAAUCAUUUAGAAGUGUACGUCUUUCUGCUAUAGGUAGAAUUGAUAAAGAAGAUUUGCGAAAAAGAAUAUUAAUACCUGAAUAUCUUCGAUUUGCAAUGAGAGACGCAAUUUUAUCGAAAGAUAUAAAUGGUGUUGGUUUAAUAAUAUCUGAUGCUAAUUGUGAAGCUCCUGAAGCACCUAUGGUGGUUUUUGUUAAUUCUAAAAGUGGUGGUCGUCAUGGUCCCUUUCUUAAAUCAAGGCUUCAAGAUAUAAUGGGCGAAGAACAGGUUUUUGAUCUUUCAGUUGUAAAGCCUCCAGAUUUUGUCCAAUAUGGAUUGGGUUGUUUGGAGAAAUUGGCUUCUCUUGGCGAUGAAUGUGCAAAAGAAGUCCGUGAAAAGAUGAGGAUAGUGGUUGCAGGUGGUGAUGGUACAGUGGGUUGGGUAUUAGGAAGCCUUUCGGAGCUUAAUAAGCAGAAACGAGAGCCGGUUCCUCCAACAGGAAUUAUCCCACUCGGUACAGGAAAUGACCUAUCCAGAAGCUUUGGUUGGGGAGGUUCGUUUCCUUUCGCGUGGAAGUCGGCCAUUAAGAGAUUUCUCCACAAGGCUGUUACAGGUCCAAUAUGUCGUCUUGAUAGCUGGCAUAUUGUAGUCUCUACACCUUCUGGAGAAACUGUGGACCUUCCAUACUCGUUAAAACCUACUGAGGAAUGUUCUAUUGACAAGGAUUUGGAUGUCGAGGGGGAGACAUCUGAAACAUCUACAUGCUUUGAAGGCGUGUUUUACAACUAUUAUAGCAUAGGAAUGGAUGCUCAAGUUGCUUAUGGAUUCCACCAGUUACGUGAUGAAAAACCAUACUUGGCACAAGGUCCAAUAUCAAAUAAGUUGAUUUAUUCUGGAUAUGGUUGCGGUCAAGGGUGGUUUUGCACACCAUGCAUGAGUGAUCCUAGCUUAAGGGGCCUCAAGAACAUUUUACAAGUUCACAUUAUGAAAGCAAAUUGUUCAAAAUGGGAAAAGGUUCCAGUUCCUUCCGGAGUUAGGGCGAUAGUUGCUUUAAAUCUUCACCAUUAUGGAAGUGGAAGGAACCCGUGGGGUAAUCUCAAACCAGAAUAUUUAGAAAAGAGAGGCUUUGUCGAGGCGCAUGCAGAUGAUGGGUUACUUGAAAUCUUUGGAUUAAAGCAAGGAUGGCACGCUUCUUUAGUUAUGGUCGAGCUUAUCUCAGCAAAACAUAUUGCUCAGGCGGCAGCAAUUAGGUUGGAAAUAAGAGGUGGGGAGUGGAGAGAAGCCUAUAUGCAGAUGGAUGGAGAACCAUGGAAACAAUCAAUGAACAAUGAGUGUUCUACAUUUGUGGAGAUUAAAAGGGUUCCGUUCCAAUCUCUUAUGAUUAGCGGAGAUUGAUCAUAAUUGCUAGAAAUUAUUUGACAUAUAAUUGAUUCAAUUCUGUAAUGAUUAUUUAUUCUUCCUCUUUAAUUGAUUUUUUUUUGUGUGUAAUCAUUUAUAUAAAUUUUAACCAAAGGGUUGUAUAAAUACCUACUCACCUUUUCAAACUAUUGGUAAUUCCAAAAUUGUACCUGUUACAUUGAUUAGUUGUUACCAAGUUUUGUUUGUAUAUCAUAUCCUUUGAUGCA